GAGUUCAACCCCAGACAGGCUCACAACUUCCUUCCUGCUUUCCUACCCCCUCCCUCCGCGCUCUGCUCCUUCUCUCUUCUCUUCUCCCUCCGCUCCUUUCCCCGCGUUUCCAGCCGCACCGGGAGCGGGCGCCGCGGCGCAGAGGCGUCCGCACAGCCUCCGCGGGCGGCGGGGUGGGGAGAGCCCGGCACCCCCCGACCCUCGCCGAGAGGAGACGAAAGCUGCUUAAAUACGGGCGGCGAGCAGCAGCGCCGGCCGGGCGCCGGGGCUGCGCGGUCGCGCCCGCGCCCGCGGAGAUGGUGGCUGGAGCGCGCUGCGGGCGGCGGCGGCGGCGGGCGCUGCCGCGCGGCGCGCACUGAGCGCGGAGCCUGCUCGCAGCCAACCCAUUUUAUGGAGCUGCAGGCCGGGGCCAGCCCAGCUCCUCUGCCGCCCCCCGGCGAUGCUGCUGGUCCUGGCACGGAGAGACCCCUGGCAGCCCCGUGGAGCCUGAGCGCCGAGGCAGCGGCGGCGGCAGCCCCCCUGUGCGCCCCGGCUGACUACUAUGGCUGUGUACUGCUAUGCGCUCAAUAGCUUGGUGAUGAUGAAUAGCAACAGCGAGGUGACGAGCGGCGGGAGCAAGACGCCGCCUCCCCCCAGACAAGUGCUGUCCGGGUGCCCGGAGACUCCCGGCAGCUGCCUCCCGCUCCCUGUCUUCAGCCCGGCCCCCGUGCCGCCCCGCUCGCCGCGCCGCGGCCCCGCUUUCCUCUUCCCGCCACCCGAGGAGUCCCCACGGCCGCUGGGCAGCCAGGGCGGCGAGCGGCAGCCGGGCCCCGCGGCGGUGCACCGCCUGCAGCGGGAGCUGCACAACGUCCAGGUGAACCAGAAAGUGGGGCUCUUUGAGGCGCACAUCCAGGCGCACAGCUCCGCCGCCCACCCGCCGCGCAGCCCGCGGCUGCCCUCGCCCCGGCCCCGGCCCGCCAGCCCCACGGCGACCGUGGCGGGACUUAGCCUUGGCCCCCGGCUGCGGGCCUACGGGCAGAGUGAGGCCCCUGAUGGCGGUGGGGUGUGGGGCUGGGCGAGCGCCGCAGGCCCCCCCAGGGGCUCGGCGGCGAUGGAGGCGCAGAGCAUGGAGCAGGCACUGGGCGGCAGCCCCCUGCAGCCAUCGGGGCCUGGGCCACAGCGGGACGAGGUAGUGGUGGCCCCCGCGGGACUGAAGGGCUGUUGCCCCGGGGGUGGCAGCAGCAUCCCCGCUGUCAUCGUUACGGACCUGGGGGGCCCGGAGGAGGAGGCGGGCGCCGUGCCCCCCGGCAGCCUGCCCGUCCGGAAGCUGUCGUCGUCCUCGGCCUCUUCCACCGGCUUCUCCUCGUCCUGGGAGGAGUCCGAGGAGGACAUCUCCAGCGACCCCGAGCGCACACUGGACCAGGCGCCCGCCUUCCUGCAGACCCUGGACCAGCAGAAGCCCCGAGUGAGCAAAUCAUGGCGGAAGAUCAAGAAUAUGGUGCACUGGUCCCCAUUUGUGAUGUCCUUCAAGAAGAAGUACCCUUGGAUCCAGCUAGCAGGACAUGCAGGCAGUUUCAAGGCAGCAGCUAACGGCAGGAUCCUGAAGAAGCACUGUGAGUCAGAGCAGCGCUGCCUGGACCGCCUGAUGAAUGAUGUCCUGAAGCCUUACGUCCCUGCCUACCACGGGGACGUCGUGAAGGACGGGGAGCGAUACAACCAGAUGGAAGAUUUGCUGGCUGAAUUUGACUCCCCCUGUGUUAUGGACUGCAAAAUGGGGGUCAGGACCUACUUGGAGGAGGAGCUGAUAAAGGCCAGGAAGAAGCCAAGCCUGCGGAAGGACAUGUACCAGAAGAUGAUUGAAGUGGACCCCGAGGCCCCGACCGAGGAGGAGAAUGUGCUGCGGGCAGUGACCAAGCCCCGAUACAUGCAGUGGCGGGAGACCAUUAGCUCCACAGCCACGCUGGGGUUCAGGAUCGAAGGGAUAAAGAAAGAAGAUGGCACCGUGAACCGGGAUUUCAAGAAGACACGGACAAAGGAACAAGUCACCGAGGCCUUCAGAGAGUUCACUAAGGGAAAUCGUAAUGUUUUGAACAGUUACCUUAAUCGGUUGAAGGGUAUCCGUGCUACCCUGGAGACAUCCCCGUUCUUUAAGUGCCAUGAGGUAAUUGGGAGCUCCCUCCUUUUCAUUCAUGACAAAAAGGAGCAGGCCAAAGUCUGGAUGAUUGAUUUUGGGAAAACCACACCGCUGCCAGAGGGACAAGUUCUCCAGCACAAUGUGCCCUGGGUAGAGGGGAACAGAGAGGAUGGCUACCUCUGGGGGCUCGACAACCUCAUUCAGAUCCUAAUGGAGUUGUCCCAGAGCGAAGACUUGCAUUAAAGCUGGCCAUCCAACUCUGCCACUACCCUGAAUCCUGUCUCCCAACUGACUCUUCUGAACUGCACUACAAGACACUUUCCAACCCUUGCCCUUCCGAUUUUAAAGCUAUACUCUUCCUAUUUAAGGUGUUUUUGUUGUGUUUUUUUUUUUAGGGUUUUUCUUUUUUUCUUAUUUGUAAAUAUGUAGCUAACCUGCCAGAACAAAAGCUGAACUUGAAACCUCAGUGUCACAGAUUUGGUGAAAGCAUACAGCGGUGCCAGCCGUUAAUGGCAUGGGAGGGUUUGGUUAGGCAAAUGAGUGCUUUGCCUAUCAUGUUUUUUUCUCUCAUGUGGCCAGAUUUUAGGAGGGCUGCCCUGCCACCUCAGCCUCAUCGGCUGCCGUGAGGUACUCCUGCAGUGGUUCAUCUAGAGAGCCCCUGGGUGCCCAAGGCCACCAGCAGCCAAGGCAGGGGAUAGUGGGGUGGAAGGCCUUUGGUUUUCUUCGCUAGCAUCUUUCUCCCUAGGAAACCAGCUGUGCUGAGUCCGUAAGAAUCACUGGAAAGGCAGAUGGGGGGCUUUCCUCCCUCUGCCUGAGGUGUCCUGUUAAUCCCGUGGAGGCUGCUCCUUCAUCUUUACGUGGUGUUUUGCUUUCCUCAGCUGCAGGCAGGUGCCCUGGUGUGUGGUGAUGCAUGGUGAUCUCCAACCUGCCGUGGGGACUGCAGACCUCGGGCAGUGCUGGGGGAGAGGAAGAUGGUUUUUAAGGGACCAGGCUGGUGGAGGCGCCUGCAGCUGCAGCGGCAGGGGAUGAACCGCUGCCGCACGGCACCUGUCGAAGUGGCCAUGGGGACGGUGCUUGGCAAAACAGAGGUGGUGUGAGGCCUCCCCACACCGUCCUGCUUCCUGCAGAGCUCACCCUGUCGGGCGCAGGGCCCCGGCGUGUGUUUCCUUGCUGGCUCUGCACAGAGCGGGCUGUGCACACGGUCGCUGCCGAGUCCCAUGGAAACAGCCAGUUCCCUAUUGAGGGUGGAGGCUAUUUUUUAACUUCCUGGAACAUUUGAACUAAGCAGCUUGCUCACAUCAGAGCUGGCUUGCUAAAGGUCAGCUAUCAGCAGGCGGCGGGGAGGGGAGGCUGUGGCCCAUGUUUCAUCUUCAGAGCAGGCCUGGACGUCCCUCAGAUGGAGGACAUGGGGUGCACGGGAGGCUGAGGUCACGCGCUGUUGUGCAGGUCGCUCUCCAGGAGCGACAGAGGCCAUGUAGGAGCCUGCCUGGGGCCAACUCCUCGCUCCCUCACUCCAUCCCUAAAACCACUGUCUCAUCUCAGUCCCCAGGAGCGGAGCUGGAGGGCCCCUCUGCUGCCAUCAGGUGGCCACAGCUUCCUCCAUUAGGGAGGUCUUCUGGCAGCAAUAAGAAGGAUUUGGCCAUUGGUUGUUUUGCAGCCAUGCCCCGGCCUCUUUCCUGAGACCUUCCUCUAAAUUUUUUUGUUCAGUUCGUAUCUCACCAGGCAUAUGUCUCUCACUCCUAUGCCAUUGUAAAUGGUUGCACUGUUUUAGCUCCCGACCAGGCUUCCUAGAAUAGCCCAGGUGAUAGUGCCUUAUAGAUAUGCCUCUGUUACAUUAGUGUCAUGGAAAAGGUUGGGUUUUUUUUUAAGUUAUAUUUAUUUUCAUCCCAUUCUAAUUGCACAAAACACUAAAACUUAAUGCAUGGAAUUCCUCUGUUUUUUAAACUGUGUUUUUAGUUUUUAAACUAUCCCUUUUCCAGCUUUGGAGAAAGGGUUUGAACAGAUAUGCAUAGAUAUGAACCAGUUAUUGCUGUACUUUAGCUUUGAGUUGCUCUUACAUAUGUAUAUUCUUUUUUGAGCCUGUUUAUAAACCAGAUUCCUUGCUUUGUGGCUUCAAAAGAAGCAGAUUGGUUCUCUCAGAUGUCUUAAGCCUCUCUGGGGGCUGGAACAGUUGUUUUGAGGUAUUUUCCCCACUCCCACCUCCCCUUUCGGUCAUUAGGUAAUACAGAGAAAAAUCCGAACUGUUCUGAAACACCAACGCACAGUGCCUGUAAAAGUAAAAAAAUCCUGUAACUUUCCAAAUAAAAGCAUAUGGGAACCAUU